GCAAAGCUCAGCCUCCCAGACUAGUUUGUGUGGUGUAACCAAUGAAACAUUUGUGGAGACAGCUUCCUGUUUGGUGGUGUCAGUCUGAAGAGGACACUCAAUGAAAAGCUCCCACAGACAAGACGCUAGAGGACAACCAAAGACAGAUGGCUGAAGAGGAGGCAACUGAGACACAACAGAGAUCAGAUGACAAGGAAGGGUCCGUUUGCCAGACCCCCAUCUCUGUGAUCGAGAUCCCUGACUCAUCAAAUGAUUAUGAUGAAGAGACCAGACCAAGUGCUCAAAUGGAGGAGAAGUCCUUUAUCUCUGGACUACACUCCUAUAUGAGGGUCAGAGGAACGCCCAUAGAGAGGAUUCCACAUUUGGGCUUUAAACAAAUUAACCUUUGGAUGAUCUAUAAAGCUGUAGAGAAACUUGGGGGUUAUGAUUCAGUAACGACAAAACGUCUUUGGAAGAGAGUAUACGAUGAGCUGGGUGGAAGUCCAGGCAGCACCAGUGCAGCUACCUGCACCCGCAAACAUUAUGAAAGACUGGUCCUACCCUAUGAGAGACACCUCAAAGGAGAGGAGGACAAACCUCUGCCUCCCACCAAGCCACGAAAACCUUACAAGAGGAACGCAGAUGGCAAAAUGGACAAAGCUGAGGGGAAAAAGAAAAGAAUUCACUUAGACAGAGACAUGGACUCUCAGCUGAGAAUACAGAGAAAUGAUCUAGUGCUGCACCCUCACCCCUCCAUGAGAACAAUUCCCUCUGACAAAGUAGACCGCUCCAAGCCAAGCUCUGAUCUGAGUAUAUACGACCUGGCUCAUUUCCUACCAAUGCCCUCAACAUGUACCUGGACACCUCCUGUCCCUCCCGCAGCAGGAGCAGGGAUCUCCCCUCUGGAGAAGAAGAAACGAAUGGCUCAGGCCAGUCUCCGCCUGAGACAACAGGGCGAGGAGAGCCAGCGGCCAUCUGUCAUCCUCUGCUCCUCUCCAGGACCAGCCUCUUCAGCAAGGGCCUCUUCUGAUGGCUCUCCACAGCCUCAGUCCUCCUCCUCCUCACGCAGCCCUUCUCCUCUGUCAGUUUCUUCAGAAGAGAGUCACGUAGAAAACAAAGACAAGGCUAUCAGGCAUCAGGACAAAUCAUCACCAUGUUUAGACUUACAACUAAACCACUCAAAAGUAAAAAGUGUAUGUACAGAUGACAGGGAGAGCCUCAAAUCCAAGGAAAUAACUUCUGAUAAAACAGAGAGUAACUCACAACCAGUGACCAAACAUUUUGCUAAUGAAAGAAUUACAAACUGGAUGCCAGUUUACAAAGGAACACAUUUCACACCUUCUUUCCACUCAUCAUCCUUCCAUGCUAAAUAUGAUUUGGCUGCUGCAUCUAGCUCCAGUUUCACCAAAGUUGUCCCAAAAACUGUACAGCUCCUGAGACCUGCUCCGAUUCGCCUUGGCUAUAAAAUUCACCAAACACGGCAGGUUCCAGAUGACUCAGCGACAAAGAAACUCAACAGCACAUCUCAGAGGACUAAUCAGACUGAAAAAUGGGAAAACUCUCAAUCAAGGUUGUGCAAGGCUCCACUAUCUCAGCAUAGUUUUGUGCAUAAUUUGCCUACAGCGUGUGUUGUGUCCAGUUACAACAAAUCUGGACGGGGCUCUCGGCCUCACAUGUCAUUUCAUCCCACAUUUCUUCCAAACAGAAUGAGACCACCACAUCAGCUAAUGUAUCGACAGGUACCAGUAAAUCCAGGACAUCCUGCUUUCAUUGGGCCUGUGGCUUAUCCAUUUUCCUAUUCCAUGUCUCACCCUGGAUAUACUCUACCUAAUGUGAUGCCUAUUUAUCAACAUAAACUUUGAUUAAAAAAAAAAUCUUUUACUCCUAACAACAUUCCCCAUCUGUCUCCCCAUCAUAAAACAUAAAAUAUGUUGGAGGGAAGUGAAAUUUAUGUGGCGUUGACCUGAGAAAAAAUAUGUGAAGUGAAACAGCUUGAUAGUGUGAUAAUAUUGACAAUCUCAGCAAAUUUAACUGUUUGUAUUUAAAUAAACCUGGGGUCAUGAUACAGCUACUUAUAAUUAUAAAUAUAUAUAACUAUAUAGGUGUAUGUGUUUUUUUGUUUGUUUUUAUUUUUAAUGCCUUGCACAUUUGUACCAUUUUGCAUGUACUGUAUUUUGAUGACUACAAUAAAGAUAGAUGUGUAAUAUA